GACAGAACCGCUGCACUUCACAUCUUUCCCAACAUCGCAGUGAACCUCGGUCUAUCCCGGUCCUCUUGCUGUCUUUCCUCACCAUGUCGUCCUCAGACCUGGGCCGGGCGCUCUGCAUCAUCACCGGGGCCUCCAGGGGCUUCGGCCGGGCUGUCGCGGUGCAGCUGUCCCGGCUGGUGAAGCCCGGCUCGGUGCUCGUGCUGACGGCUCGCUCCGGGGACGACCUCCGGGCUCUACAAGAGGAGCUGUCCGGGUCAGAGGCAGGCAAAGCCGGAUUGAAGGCUGUGUGUGUGGUGACAGAUCUGGGACAGAAGGAAGGACCGGAGAGCAUCGUGAAGGCUGCUGUAGAGGCUUCUUCUGAGGAGAUAGAGCACAUCAUACUGAUCAACAACGCAGGUAAGAGGACCACCUGUUGAGUUUUUAAGAGUAAACUUGGAUGAUUCAUUCAGUGUAACUAACAAAGACUGUAUAUAGUAUGUACAGUCUGUGGUAGAUAACUGCUAGAACAUGAAUUAUUCUUAUCAAUGCAAUUUAAUAGGGGAGACUGGGGUCGUCUGUGGAAAGUGUACUUUGUAUUUUACUUAUUUAGCUGCAACAAAUCCUGUCUGAGGUGGACCCACUAAAUUUCAAUACAUUCAGUCUACAUCUGUCUGUAUUAAUUGAACUAUGAUGUUUAAAUAUUAUUUCAAAAGGACAUAUUGCAGACAAUUUACCAGAAUGAUAGAGGUCAGUCUUUAUUAUUCAAAAUCAUUAUUUGUUAUCAUUUUGGUCUCAUGAUUGUGGUCACAUGUCACAGCUGGGGGUGUUAGACUGCCAGUAUAGGGCAGGUGAAGGCGGUAGUUUUAUAUAGGUUUUGACCACACGUGUAUAUUUUUCUUGUUUAUUAGUUAAAGCAGAGCUUCUGUUAUCAUUGAAUUUAAUAUUAAUUUUUAAGAAGCUUUUGUGGACAUUUUAAUUUUUGGGGAAAUAAACCCUUCAACAUUGGAUCAAUAUUGGUUUUGACCAAUACUGAAGGCUACAACAUUGGUAUUGUAUCAGAAGUUAAAAAAAAGUUGUAUACGGACACCCCUAGUUUCAGUGGUGAAACAAAGGCUUAAUAAAGGCUUUGUCUCAGGUGUAAUAAGUAAGUGUAUUACGCUAAAUGAAAGUGUGUGAAAACCUGUCCAAAUUAUGAUUGGUCAGCAGGGGGCGGCUCCACUGACUGCAAAAAUAAGUAUGAUUGUUUAUUGAACUAUAUUGAUUGUAUUUGGCUGUGUGGGAAAAUGGUCCUACAUUUGGUGGAUUUAGUUUUCUUGUGGAGUUUAUGCUUCACCAUCUAGAGAGCAUGUUUUAGCAGAAAAUAUAUUUUCUGAAGUAUUUUCUUGUUGGCAAAGCUCUGGAAGAUUUAAAGUCCAGCUGUGAAUUUGUGUCAGGCGACUCAGUCAUGGGAUUUGCACAUGUUGAAAUGAUUAACAGUCCUGCAAAUUCUGACAGAUCAGAAGCUAAAAGCAAUGAUUGAACAAAUUUUAACAUCCAAACUAAUGAAAAGCAGAAAUAGUGGCAUUUACUCUGCAAAUGUCAUUUUUACUGUUGAGUAUUAAUGAACUGCGAUGGGAUGUGCAAAAUAAAAAAGGCAUUUCUUAAAAGCAAUAGUUGGAUUUUUACAAAAACCAUUGUGAAUUUUGCAAUUACAAUCAAUAAUACAAAGAUGCUUAAACUACUGAGCAAUAUGCAGAAACCACUGUACAAUAUACAUAACUGCGUAUACAAAUACUACAAUUACCUACUAUUGUGAAACAUACACAGAUACUUGUUUUCUACAUUAUUAUUGUGCAUCAUGGUAUGUCAAUAAUGUGAUACACAUUAAAUGUAAAAUUUACAAUUUUAAGUUUGUAAUACACAUUUAAUACCAUGUUACUGACAGAUCUUCACUGCAAUUUACUUUCCUUUACUUCAAUAAAAUUUGCCUUGUCACUGUGGAUGCUUGGUCCUUGAAAAGCUUUCCUUAUAUGUAUUGUUCAAGGACUAAAGGCUGUUUUCCAGUCACUUCUACCCUAUGUUGUGAAGGGGUUAUUUGCACAAGUUCUAUACCUUUGUUUGAUCAAUGUCAUGUAAGGUUACUCUGAACAGGGUUUAGAUGAAACUUCUCAACAGUGUUUUGGUUGUUUUUGCCUCAUAGUGAAUGUAACUGCUGUUUUACUUAAAAACAAUCCUCUCUGUAUUCACAAGAAUCUAUAAGAAGCCCCUUUCUUCCUUCAUAGGCUCCCUGGGUGAUGUUUCCCGUUUCACCAAAGACUUCACCACCAUGGCUGAUGUGGACUCCUACCUGUCUUUUAACUUCAGCUCCUGCCUCUGCCUCACUGCCGGCAUCUUGCAGAAGUUUCCGAAGAGACCAGGUUUGAAGAGGACUGUGGUGAACGUGUCCUCGCUGUGCGCCCUGCAGCCAUUCUCCUCCUGGGUGCUGUACUGCAGCGGCAAAGCUGCCCGACAUAUGAUGUUCAAGGUGCUGGCACAGGAGGAGCCAGACCUCAGGGUGCUCAACUACUCUCCAGGUCAGGAAACCUAAGCUCGUCUUCUUGAGAAUAUGGCUUAAGUGGUGGUAGUGAAAGAGUUCUGAAAGUAGCGUAAAAGACUGAAUUAAGUAGAUGAAUGAAACAGUUUUUGGAUGUAGUUUUCUACUCUUGAUUUACUUUUUCCUUCCAGAACUUAAAAAUAGACAGGUCGCCAGUGUGAGGAAGAAAUCAAACCAUAAGACGGUUGAGCAAAGCCAUGCAAGAGCUCAGGCAAAAGCAUGACCAUCCCCAACUAUUACACACUCAAACCUUCAACCUCAGAUUAAAAAUAAAACAAAAUCUUAUUUUUUUUGUCUGAGAAAUCUAUCAUAUUACUCUGGAAAUUAUAGAUAUAAGUUAACAGCUAAAAAAAUUCUUUUUGUGUCAGUUUUUUGUCCCAUGAAAACAGAAUGUGGGGAUUUCUUUGGACCCGAGCUCAUUUAAGAUGGACUGAAACAAAAUGAAAAACUGUCCCGUGGUCUGGCUAACCAAAAUCAGACUUUUUUUUUCAAUUUGACACAGAAAGAUUUUCUUUUCUCUAGGUUCCUCUUUGCAGGCUGAUAUUUUUACCCCUUUAUCCUGUUUCUCUGUUUGGAUCCAGGUCCUCUGGACACAGCCAUGCAGGAGGUGGCUCGGUCCGUCACAGGUGACUCCGGUCUCAGGAAAGCUUUCUCUGACAUGUUCUCUGAGGGGAAGCUGCUCACCUGUGAGGAGUCCUGCGCUAAGAUGAUGAAGCUGCUGCUGGAGGACAAAUACACAUCAGGAGAUCAAAUUGAUGUCUAUGACAGGACCUGAUUAUAUGUGUGCCUUUAAUUCCAUUCAAACUCGGUUCAGGAAGCUGUUACUGUCAUGUUUAUCCUCACUUAUUAACCAAAGUUUGUUUUUGUGAACUAUUCAUGCUUUCAUUUUAUGACUUUAAUGUGUUCAAUCAGUAAAUCUUUGUCUGAUAAAUUCAAAUUGUAGUGAAGUCUAGAGGUUUUUAAUAUACCUUACUUAUAUAAUCUGUCAAUGAGCUGCUUCCUGACAUGACAGAUUUACAGUAAUCAGUAUUUCAUAUUCUUUUAAUGCUGUGUCAGGGCAUUAUGAUUUAAAAGAGAAAUAUUGUAGACAUGUUUGAACUUUGACUUUACACAUUCCUUGGUAUAUGACUUGAAAUUCUGGUUUAAUAAUGACCUGAAACUAUUCCUCAAUAGCUGCUUAUCUCAGGCUGUUUUUCUAAUAAUUCUGAAUGAUUUAAAAUGAUAAAAUCAGAUUUUUUCAUCAUUAUUUUUGCUGCCAAAAGACCGAUAAUCUUAGAAGAAUAGAAAUGACAGAAAUGAUGCCAAACUUUAAGUUCAGAAGCACAUUUACAUUUCUGAUUAAGUUUCAUGAUUAUAUAUAUUUUUUGUAACACAGUGUCAUAAUAAAAUGCAUAUCAAAACCAUU